AUGCCGGAGGAUGUUCUGCCUGCACGCAAUUGCGCCAAUUGUGUCGAUGCUGGGGUUGCAUGUCAACGCCUUCGCCCCGGCCGGGCAUCGAAGCAGAAAUUCUCACCAAGAUUACCGGAAGAGGGUGUAUUUCGAUUAGAGGGAGCGACAUCAAGUUUACAGAGAAUGUCAAGGGGAGAGUCCCUGGAUUUGCAGGAAACCAUCGCCCCAGGCGAAUCUGCUCGUGAACUGUUCGAUAUUGAAGUUCCACAGACACCUCCGGCGGAAAUACUGUAUAUGCUUCUUCCAGAGCCUGUUAUGGGCGAUGGACUUCAUCAUAUUAGAUGGCCCGACCAUAUAUCCGACAGGGCUUUUGAAAGAAUGAUGACGAGUCUUCUCGAUGGCGACUGCAGGGGACAGCUUUUCUAUCAAUAUAGUAUCUGUGUCUAUGUGAAAGCGAUGUUUCACCUAUAUCAAUUGGCGAGGCGAUCGACGAACCCAUCGGUAAAGAAGCAGCUUCAGAAGUCGAAACGAACGUACGAGGCUGCUGCGCUUCAAGCACUCAAGCAUCUCAAUCUUAUGUCGGCGCCCAGCUUGUCGCUAAUCCAGGCUCUCAUAUCAGCUGCUUUGCUAAUGCAACACACCACCAACAUAAGCCAAUGCUGGCUACUAAACUCGUAUGCGGCUCGCCAGAUCAUCUCUCUGAACUAUCAUAAGCCCUGUUAUCCGCCCUCUCUAUCAGGCUGUAACGAUGAGAUUCAAAGUGCCGUAUACUGGUGCUUUUAUCUCGACCGAACCACGAGUGCCCUUCUAAUACGACAUCCCUCGUUACCAGAAGUGCAUGCGCCUCCUACAGACUUCAUUGCCACUAAUAUGUCAUCACCCUAUAAUCGGCUAUUAUUCGUACUUCUAGAUCUAGCAAAAGUUCAAGAUACAUUGUUGGACGUAACACUGAACGAGGGCGACAAAUCCAGGUCUCGGAUCUUCGAGAUCUUUCAAGGCGUUCAAGAGCGCAUGGAUAGAGUUUAUUCAAGUUUACAAGAAAGUCGAAACGCUAUCUCAGGUCCAGCAUUAUAUGACUGGGUAGCGGCUGACUUUAGCUAUUACGCAAUUUAUGUUGAUAUGCUUCGAACACGGCUCGGCUACGACAGCAGUCCAGCAACUCACUCCGACUGCUUAGUGUACUCGAGAAGAGCGCUCAGAGCAUUUCAAUACCUCCAAGAACAUGCCGAUAAUAUGCCAGGAUUUAAUGACCCCGAGCCCUCUUUUCUGACAUGGACUAUCGCCUUAUACCCGGUAGCCCCCUUCUUCGUUGUCUUUUGUAACAUUAUCGCCACUUCGGAUGUGACCGACUAUCGAUUAGUACAACAAAUAAUCAAGGGGCUGUCCCAAUUUAAAGCUACUCCGUACUUAGCGCGACUGUUAAGUCUGUUGACAUCUCUCUUACGUCUUUGUGAUCCCUUGGUUCAAAACAUGAAUUCCCCCAGCCGGCAAUCGCAUAUCGCGAGAGAAGAUCACUCAUCUACACAUGCAGCGCACAACCAUGUACCGAACCACACAGCAAAUGCCCCCGUCUUUGAAACUGAGCUUGCGGAAGGUUUAGCACCAGAGUUAUCUUCGGCCGCGUACGCCACGUAUAUGAGCGCAGAUAUCUCGGACCAUGGAUUGGGAGACGCAUCCUACCCAAUGGCAGACGAUCUCAUGUGGCAGUUGGUCAAUAGUCAAUUUCCCUACAGUUGGCUUGAGGCGGAUGCUAUUUUUGAUAUUUUUUGAUAAGGGUUUUGUGGCUCCUGUUCGCUUCGUCGGAAAUACGGCAUAAUCCCAGAUGUGCCCUUAGGGCAUGUUGUGUAGGAC